AUGCUCAUGUGCCCACAAUGCCUUCAUGCUUUAUCACUUAGUCAUCACUAUUGUUGUACAAUUGAUGCUUCGUGGAUUCCUUGGAUGGAUAGAGCAGGUAUUGGCGUAUUGCUUGGUCUUUGUACAAGAAGAACAUAUGCAACAAGUUCUUCAACCGCACCAACUUUAACCCCAUUAGAAGCUAAAGCUUUAGCAUUGCUAAUGGCGGUAAAAGAGACAAGAAGGUUUGACGUCGGCGCUACGGCGUUCAUACUUCAGUCCAGCGUGACCUCAUCGAGCUCGAUCACAGCACUCGACCUCGUCCAAUUCGAUCACUUGAUGUUUGAUAGCGUCAACGCGACCACGUGUACUCUGUCACUCCAGCUCCGUCACUCCAGCUCCAUCACUCCAGGAAACACCUAA